CAGAAGCUUGAAAGUCCUUGCAGAGAUGGCCCGGGGAAAGCCAGUUUGGAGUUUCCAGAAAUAUCAGUGCAAAAUCUGCAGGAUCUUAUUGCUGAAGUUGAUAGUGAGGAUUAUGGAGAGAGAAUGAAGGAUUUCUCAGGGGAUGAGCACCAAGACGCAGGUGAGAGCUUUGCAGAUUAUCCCUCAGACUUGUCUUCUUGUGAAUAUGUAGAAGAUGGAGCAAAAAAUCAAGAGAGCAAUCACCAGUCGAACGCCUUGGCUUGUGCAUUCGAAAGCGGUUCAAUUGCAAAGCAGAACACCUGCCUGGAAAGAGCUGUGACACAUGCAACAGGGAUGGGAAAAGCUGAGGACACUGAUGAGGAGGGAGACGGGUAUCUGUAUAGCAGAGAUUUAGAGGGGGAUGCUGAUGAGUUCAGGAGCUUGGAUGUGGCAGCUGGAGAAAAAGAGAUUGUGGAGAACGUAUUGGGCGAUGCAGCUGUAACAGGGGUUGAUGAUGGAGGGGAGACAGGUGAGAGUGAUUCCUACAUCUCCAGUGAUGAUGAGGACCAAGAAAAGAGGAGCAAUGAGGAAAUCAUUGAUAGUAUACAAGAUCUUGAAAGCAACAAGCAACGGGUGGAAACUCGUGGCGGGAGCAGUGCAGCGUUUCCUGACGAUGAUGACGACAACAGAGUGAAUCCAGCCGAUUUCAACAUAAAUUGGAAUCUAGACGUGUUGACAACUGAUACCCUUCGGUCUGAAGACCUGUUAACCACAGAGGACACAGACAAAGCGGAAACACCGCCUUUAGUGACUCAGCGUCCUCCAGAAGACGUCAACAGCUACUCAACAACAACAAGCCCCUCUAACCAGGGAUCCCUGGAUGAUAGUUUCUUCUUCAACAAUGAACCCGAAGCCUCUAGGCUCUACGAGCUGGGACAGUUGGGAGACGACGAGUAUGAAGAGGAGAGAAACUGGGAACAAGAGCAAGAGAGAAUCAAGGCUUUCUAUGAGUUUUAUGAUGACAGCGACGGAGAGAAUGAAAGAGAAGGGAGGCAGAUAAAAGUUCAGUUUUGUGCAGAUCCAUUGUCUCAAGUCAUUCACUACGAAACUGACAGCAGUGACAGAGACUCAGUCAGCAGCUCAACAGAAGGGGAGGAGGACCCGAGCUCUGCAGAAACAUCUGAGAAAUGGAGGGAGCCUGACAACACCACGCAAUUGACACCGGCUUGUGAUCCCCCGAACACUCAGCUACCAGAGAACGUGCCAGAUAUCAGCAACACACACAUUUGUACCAAGGAACACAAAGUGCUUUACUCACUAGCAUUUACUGAACAUUCACUUUGUUCAUUUGUUACUGAAUUGUUUGGUUACUUUUAUCUCUCCGUCCUGUCCUUUGUUCCCACAGUGUUUCAACAUGCUGAAGCUGACACUGAAGAUGGGUCUGGUGAUACUGAUGGGACUGCUGAUGUUCUGGUUUGCCACAGACCAAGCGGGCUGGCUCAGCCAUGUGUCGUUCUUUUAGGUCAAAACCUAAUUUUGGUCCUUAAAACUUGUUCACAUGCUUACGGGUGAAAAAAGAAAAAUCCAAAAUGACAUUAUUGUCUUGUAAAAAUGCGAUGUAAAGUGCUAAACAUUCAUACUUGUGUUCUGUUGUCUGUAACAUUGUGCUUAAUAAAGAGGGUAAAAAUCUGG